AUGGAGCAGUUGAGCGAACACGACAAAAGUAUUUUGGACAUAAUCUUUGAUCCGCUUCAGCUCAUGUCAUCCGGUCAAAAUUCUGACGAACCGGAAGACGAAAUAACUGAGGCUUUGAAAGACUUGGAUCAAGCUGUGACACUGAGCUCUGGCAGAGGGAAAGCCGGCACGAAGGCGCUGUGUCAGCGUGGGUUACUUCAUCGUCUCGAAGGUCGUAAAGAUGAAGCUAAAAGAGACUUUGAAAUCGCGGCCAAGAAUGGCUCGGCGUUUGCUCGUAGUCAGUUAGUUGAUUUGAAUCCUUACGCUGCUAUGUGUAACGCAAUGCUCAAAGAAAUAACUUCAAAGUCUGUGCAGUUGUAA